GCUAAUGGGGGUCUCCGGUCUGAUAGGGCCUGUGGUCUCCAGGCUAAUGGGGGUCUCUGGUCCUCAGGGCUCCUGCUGCCGUACCCGGCCCAGAACCUGGUCCUGGAUGUGGUCCUGCUGCUGCUGCUGCUGGCUCUGGAGACCCUACGCCUCUUCUAUGGCUGGAAGGGGAACCUGACGGAGGGCCUGCUGGCCUCGGGCCUGGCCCUGCUGGUCCUGGUCCCGGGCGGGGUCCUGGUGGUCUACCUGCUGGUCCUGCAGACCUUCGUCCUGAGGCUGGAGCUGGUCCUGGCUGCUGGUCUGCUGGUCUUCCAGGGCCUGGAGCUGCUGCUGGGCCUGCUCUGCCUGUCUUCCUUCUCCAGGGCCAAAGUCUACUGAGAAAGGAGGAGGGUCUGAUGUGUUCUGGAUCUGGAUCAGGAUUUGGAUCUGGAUCAGGGCUGGUUCUGGAUCAGAAUCGGGAUCAGGGUUGGAUAUGGAUCAGGACUGAAUCUGGAUGUGGGCUGGAUCUGGAUCUGGGCUGCAUCUGGAUCUGGAUCAGGAUCUGGGUUGGAUCUGGAUCAGGACUGUUUCUGGAUCAGGAUCAGGGUUGGAUCUGAAUCUGGAGCUGAAUCUAGAUCUGGAGCUGGUCCUGGAUCAGGACUGGAUCUGGAUCUGGAUCUGGAUCUAGGCUGAAUCUGGAUCUGGAUCAGGAUCUGGAUCUGGUUCUGGUUCUGGAUCUGGUCUAGUGAACAGACGUCCAGCAUGGUUUUUACUCCCACCAUAUGUAAACACCAGAGAAGAAGAACCAGAACAAUAAUAAUUAGUAGAAGAAGAAGAAGAAGUUUCCAUCAGAAACUUUAAGGUGGAACCAGAACAAAAAAGCCCAAAUCCACCAGAACCACCAACUUUAUCUGAACUUUACUCUUUAUUUACCUCAGAUUUCUAUUUUUCUACCAUCUUCUGUGUUUUUUAUGAUAGUAAAACGUUUCUGAGACAGAAUACUUAAUAAAUCAGUCACAAAGAAA